CCACACGGAGGUGAAGGAGGCGCCCAGUACCACAGAAGCUGUUCUCAUGUCAACUAAUGGCCCAGAGGCGACGAAGAAAAUCAGCCAUUUAUUAAUUCACUUUGGGGACCAGACUUUAUCGCUCACCUCCAGCUCAUUUUAACCACACAGUGCGCAGCAGCUACGCCCCGGGGCUGAUGGCGGCAUCCAUGGAGGGGACCCUCCCUAUAAACUAAGCUCUCACUAUGUCUGAUGGCGACUAUGAUUACCUCAUCAAAUUCUUAGCCCUCGGUGACUCUGGUGUGGGAAAAACAAGCUUCCUCUACCAAUACACGGAUGGCAAGUUUAACUCCAAGUUCAUCACUACAGUCGGGAUAGACUUCAGAGAAAAAAGAGUGGUCUACAAAUCAACAGGUCCAGAUGGAUCUUCAGGUAAAGGACAGAAGAUUCACAUGCAGCUCUGGGACACUGCAGGACAAGAGAGGUUUCGGAGUUUGACGACUGCGUUCUUUAGAGAUGCGAUGGGUUUUCUUCUGCUGUUUGACCUCACCAAUGAACAAAGUUUCCUCAACGUCAGAAACUGGAUGAGUCAGUUACAGAUCCAUGCAUACUGUGAAAGCCCGGACGUCGUCCUGUGUGGAAACAAAUGUGACCUGACAGAUCAGAGAGCAGUCAGUGAAGAGGAGGCCCGUGAGCUGGCAGAGAAGUACGGAAUCCCGUACUUUGAGACGAGUGCUGCAAACGGACAAAAUGUGAACCAGUCUGUGGAUGUUUUGCUGGAUCUCAUCAUGAAGAGGAUGGAGCGAUGCGUUGACAAGUCCUGGAUCCCCGAUGGGACCGUCCGAGUUAAUGGACCCACCAACCCAGACCUCUCAGAGGCCCCUGAGAGGGGCAAAUGUGCAUGUUAGAAGGAUUGAUGAGUCGGCUGGUCACAUAUCUGUGCUCAUAAUAGUGGCUAAAAAUAGGAAGUCAUCCAAGUUUAACAGUGGGAGUAUAAAUAUAUAUAUGUAUGUAUUUUAUGUUAAGUGAGGUGGAAGUUGAUUGAUUUUGUUUCAUUUUACCCACACACCAGUGCAUUAAUGAUCUACUGUCGCUGAGAUGUGGUUUUAUUUAAACAGUUAAAUGCCUUUUGGUAAAGUCAUUUCAUUUCAAUUCAGUUCAUAGGACAACCUUCUGAGGAAAAUGUCGCUGGAGUGUGGGAUAUUUAUUAUUUCAUAUAAUACCAAGGAUAUAAAUCAAGCAAAGUCCUCAACUCAAUAUGCUGAUCAAAUAUUCAGGAAUAAACUUUUGGCUCAAAGCAGCUGAGGGAGCUUCCCUAACAGAUGUGCUAUCAAUAAGGUUUCUUGUACUUGCUGUAAAGUAAGCUUAGAUUUACACUGAAAUGAAGAAAGAAGCUCUCUGAUCCUUCCUCUGCAGACAGAUAGAGCUAGUCUGAUGCCUCCAGUCAUACUUGUUGUUGGGAUUGUAGUAAGCUGGGACGUACCUUUAUUAGUAACCUGCAGGGUGCUUAUAAUGUACUACUAAAUGUCGUAAAUGCUGUAAUUUCAUAAGUGUGACUGUGUGACAAUGUGACAAUGUGUUUCUCACAUUGACCAUUUGUGGCUUGUCUGACAAGCCAUAACAACUCAUUUAUGCUCUUUUAGUGCAUGUGCUUGUUUUCAUCUGUGAUAAGAAUGAGGAUAUUUGAUGUGCCUAAUUUUUCUGCACAUCACUAAGAACAGCGACAGGUUUCACCAAUAACAGCCACUGGUUCCCAAUGAAAUAUUUAUUUCAAUUAUCAUAUUUUUAAAAGAUAUUUAUCCUUAAUUCGGCAGGAAAAGAAUACUGUCCGCUAAGUGAGAAACCAUUAAGAGUGCUGGAGUUUAAAUUUUCUGCAUAAUCUGUAGAGAAAAUGAAAAUGCAAAAUCUGACUGGAACAGUUUUGUAUCUACUCUUCAGUUUACCUUUUACAGUUCAGUGUCAGUUUAGGAGACAUGUAGUCACACGUAACUCCCUUGUAUUAAACUGAGGGCUUUAGAGAAAUAAUUAAAAAAAACAAAAUACUUAGAGAUGAUUCGGCCACCAGCUAAAUAAAUAACUGCUCCCUUUCAGUCAACUCAUACAAAUUCAUGCGAGUAUUAACUGGUAGAAAUGUUGCGUUAAGGUGUCUAAAGCUAUUAAAUUUUGAAGGAGUGGUAAAGAAUGGUGUUAAUUUAGUUGAUUAGGCAAAAUAAGGUAGGAAAAUGAUAUAUAUUCUGAUUAUUUAUUUUAUACAUUUUUCAUCAACAAACUGUUAAAGCAAGACAUUAAAAGCCUAAGACUUCCUAGCGUCCAUCUUGUUGUUACACCAAUCAUUUAAUGUUUUACAAAAAUGAGGGUCUUUACACUGUUAGUAAAACACUGGAAUGGUAUUGUAUUUGUGUCAAAGUGUGUUAAUGGUUUCACACAAAAAUCCACAUAAUAUGUAUUAUACUGUCAUUCUUUCCUGUGUAAAUGGUGAAUGUGAUGUUUUACAUAAAAAACAAGUUUAUUUUUCCGUUCACUCAAUCCACCAAUGGAAGAGUUAUGACUAAAAUUAUGUUUGAUUAUAUCAGCACAGUACACUGAAAUAUUUCGUUUUGUGCCAUAAAGUUUCAUAUGCAAAAUAUGUAAAUUAUGUCCAAAAUAAACAUUUUUAUUUA